AUGUUACUUCUCGCCCUAGCAGCAGGGGUUCUGUUGGUUCAAGCUAGACGUUCGUCUAUUGGACCUGUUGCCGAGCUGGCACUUGUGAAUGCCAACGUUACCCCAGAUGGUUUCACCCGCCUUGCCGUCCUGCCCAAUGGACUCUUGCCUGGACCUCCAAUUACAGGAUACAAAGGGGACAAUUUCAAAAUCAAUGUUCAUAAUUAUCUGACAGACCAUACUAUGAAUGAGACCGCAACCGUCCAUUGGCACGGUAUUUACCAGCAUGGGACUAAUUGGGCAGACGGGACUUCCAUGGUUAGCCAGUGCCCGCUGACUUCUGGAGAUUCGUUCUUGUAUGAUUUCUCCGUACCAGACCAGGCCGGCACGUUUUGGUAUCAUAGCCAUGAAGGGUUGCAGUACUGCGAUGGAUUACGUGGUCCGUUCAUUGUGUACGAUCCGCACGAUCCCCACAAGGACUUAUACGACGUCGACGAUGACAACACCAUAAUUACUCUCUUCGACUGGUAUCAUGAGCCGGCGCUCGAGAUUCCCCUCUUCGGAAAUCCUGAUUCAAUAUUGAUCAAUGGAAUGGGACGUUCGCUGAACGAUUCAGUUUCUCCGCUAUCAGUGAUUACCGUCACGCCGGGAUUGCGCUAUCGUUUCCGGCUUAUUUCCAUGUCCUGCAAUCCAUAUUUCAAUUUUACCAUUGAUGGCCAUAACUUUACAAUCAUCGAAGCCGAUGGUCAGAACACUCAGCCCCUGCCCGGGAUCAACUUCGUUCAGAUACAUUCUGGCCAACGCUAUUCCUUCAUUCUUGAGGCCAAUCAACCUAUUGCAAACUACUGGAUAAGGGCACCAGCAGAGUCAGAAUCUCUCAGCCCUACACCACCUCCGCAACCUGGCAUGGCUAUUUUACGGUACAGGGGCGCCCCAGAGGUGGAACCUGAAACAAAAUCAGAACUGGUUCAAUACCCAUUGAUCGAGACCAAUCUCCAUGCUCUUACUAAUCCGGCAGCGCCUGGAGUGCCUACCAUAGAUGGCGCUGAUGUAGAUAUCAACCUAAAUGUUACUUUUAAUCUCACCGAGUUAACGUACUACGUGAACGAUUACACCUUUGCCAAACCCCCGGUUCCUAUUUUGCUUCAGAUCUUGAGUGGUAAAUAUGCUGCUCAGGAUCUGCUCCCUGCUGGAGCCGUAUACACUCUUCCACGGAACAAGACCAUCCAAGUUACGAUGCCUGGAGGUGUUUUCCCUGCCCAGCACCCAAUGCACUUACACGGCAGCUCUUUUUCAGUGAUUAAGAGUGCCGGAACCGGACCUGCAGACGUUGGCUAUAAUUUCGUGGACCCCGUGCGCAGAGACACAGUCAACAUCGGUUUGGCAGGCGACUUUGUGACGAUUCGGUUCGAUACACAUAAUCCGGGACCGUGGAUGCUGCAUUGCCAUAUUGAUUUCCAUUUAUACAUGGGGUAUGCAAUCGUCUUUGCUGAGGAUCCUGAAGACACAAGACAUGUCAACCAUCCUCCUCCUGCUUGGAACGAACUAUGCCCAAAAUACGAUACCCUGCCCCCUGCAGACACUUGA